AUGGCGGACCAUGUUUUGCAAGCUCGGAUUUUAACUGGUACGCGAGUUGGUAAGAUAGUUCUCAUCCCUAGGAUGUUGAUAUCACCAUCAGAUACUAGGUUGCCUUUCAAAAUGCGCCGAAGACAGUUCCCAGUAUGCAAGAACCCCAAGUUGUGUACCAGUAAAGGAACCAUUGUGAUGGUCACAGACUUGAACACGGGCAGCCAAACCGAUCUUGUCCUUAGUAGUAGAGCUUUUAGGGCUAUGGCUAAGCCUAGUGCUGGUGCUGACAAGUAUCUUCUCAAACAAGGCAUCGUCGACGUUGAAUACCAAAGAGUUCCUUGUAAUUACGGUAAAAGGAAUUUGCAAGUGAGAGUGGAAGAAGCAAGCAAAAAGCCAAAUUACUUGGCGAUAAAGCUUUUGUACCAAGGAGGCCAAACCGAAGUGGUAGGUAUCGACAUUGCUCAAGAGGGUUCGUCACAGUGGAGUUACAUGACUAGAAGCCACGGAGCGGUGUGGGCUACUGACAAAGUACCAACCGGAGCUCUACAGUUUAGGUUCACGGUGACAGGGGGGUACGAUGGCAAAACGGUUUGGGCAAAGAGGGUUCUUCCGGCCUCAUGGAAAGCGGGGAUGAUCUACGACGCCGGGGUUCAGAUCACCGACAUUGCUCAAGAAGGUUGUGAUACAUGCAGUCACAUAUGGCACUGAAUCAUUACAAUUCUUCUUAUUUAGGCAAACAACAAACAUGUACGAUUCGAUUAUAUAUUAGAAUUUAUUUAUACGAAACAAGAGGACUAAGAAGAUCUAUAUAUGUGUUA